AGUGACUUUAUUUGCUCUCUGGUAAAAAAACAUUGCAGAUCAGGAAGGAAACUACAUACAAACAUGAAUAUUGAGAUGACUACUUCUGCAAGGUUGGGUACUGAGCAUGGAUGCAAUGGUGUAAAAGAAUUCUUCAAGAAGGUUUACAAGAAGAUAGACACCCCUGAAAACUGGAAGAAUAAGUCCUUUAUGAUAGUUUGUGCGGUUUCUUUGGCUAUUGAUCCUUUGUUUCUCUUUAUUCCUGAAAUUGAUUAUCAAAAAUCAUGCAUCGGUUUUGACGAAACGCUUAGAAAAACAGUUGCUUCCCUUCGUAUCAUUAUUGACUUGUUAUGUUGGUUCGCCAUCUUUUUUCCUGAAACAUCUUUGAGAAGCAAGAUGAGCCGAAGAAAAAGAUACUUCUACUUUAUUAUCGACAUUGUUUCUGCUGUCCCCAUUCAUAUGGCACUGGUUUUACACUUCUUCCGUUAUGAAGGGUCUUACAAUCUGGUGUCAAAGAGAAUGCUCAAGUGGACCAUAGCUUUUCAGUAUAUACCAAGAACCAUUCGCAUAUACCCGAGUUACAAAGCAGUGACAAAAACCACUGCGACAAUAGCAGAAUCAAAGUGGAUUGGAGCUCUUUUAAACCUUUUGCUCUUCCUGUUGUGGAGUUAUGUAAGUCUUGAAUUUGCUACUGUUUUGUGGUUGUGGUUUCCAUCUAUUCUCUUUGUAUCCUUCUAUCUAAUGAAUUUAAAAAAAAAAAAAACUCCAAAAAGAGGCAGUCUCCCAAAACUUGUGCUUUUGGGACUUCUAGCUAUCAGACUCAGUACACAGACAAUGACUCCAUGUAAGUUAUUUUAACCAUGAAAGCUCAAACAUGUCCUACAAAUCUGAACUCUCUUUAUGUAU